AAUUAUAGAUAUUCAAUAUUUGCAAAAUGGACGACUGGUUCAUUCAUCCGCAGUCUUAGUUUUGAGAAAUAUGAAUAAUCUAUAAAGAAAUAUAUUAAAGCAAUAGCCUUUUCGCAGAAAAGCUGUAAUUGUACAUUUAUUAGCCGUCAUUUGUACAUAUGUUUCUAACUUCUAAAGAUGUCAGGAAUAGAAUCUGAUAUGGAUUUAGAAGAAAGUGAUGAUGAUGGUUAUGAAGAUUAUUAUAAUAAUACUGAUGAUGCUGAAAUUGACCAAACAGAUCCACGAAAAAUAGAUCCUGAAUAUUUUGAAUAUGAUUGUUUGACAAUUGAAGAUAUUGAAAGGCUUUUAAAUGAGAAUGUUGAAGCUUUAUGUGCCAAUUUACAGGCUUUACGUAGUAAUCCAUCAGUGCAAUGUACCACUUGUCUUCAGUUCAUGUCAGGAGAUCAUUUUCGUAAUUUAGCAUGUGGCCAUUCAUUUUGCAAAGAUUGCUGGUCUAUGCAUUUUGAAAUCCAAAUUAUUCAAGGAGUCACAACAGGUAUUGAAUGCAUGCAACAAGGUUGCAAUAUUUUAGUUCCAGAAGAUUUUGUUAUGAGUAUAUUAAAUAAAUCGUCUCUGAGAGAAAGAUAUCAACAGUUUGCUUUUUCUGAUUAUGUCAAGAGUCAUCCACAACUGAGGUAUUGUCCAGGACCUAAUUGUACUGUUGUAGUCCGAGCAAAAGAAUCUAAAAGUAAACGUGUUAUCUGUAAGCAUUGUAAGACACAGUUUUGUUUCAAAUGUGGUACUGAUUAUCAUGCACCAACUGACUGCAAAAUUAUUAAAAAAUGGCUGACAAAGUGCGCUGAUGACUCAGAGACAGCUAACUAUAUAUCUGCUCACACUAAAGAUGUAAGUACUAGUGCAAUUCUUGUAAAUUUUUAUUUUAAUAUUUAUAUACUUUACAAUAUGGGUUGUCCUCAUUUUACUUUGACAAUAACAUGGCAAUGUUAUAAUUGCAGACAUGACUUUUGUUGGAUGUGUUUAGGAGACUGGAGAACGCAUGGAAGUGAAUAUUAUGAAUGUAGUCGAUACAAAGAGAAUCCAAACAUAGCAAAUGAAUCUGCUCAUGCUCAAGCAAGAGAAGCUCUGAAAAAAUAUUUGUUUUACUUUGAAAGAUGGGAAAAUCAUGCUAAGAGUCUUCGACUUGAAGAACAAACUCUAGAAAAAAUCAAAAAUAGAAUUAAUGAGAAAGUAAUGAGUAAUCAAGGAACUUGGAUUGAUUGGCAAUAUCUAUUAGAUGGUGCUGAUCUUCUUGCAAAGUGUCGUUACACACUGCAGUACACGUAUCCAUAUGCAUAUUAUAUGGAAAUAGGCCCACGUAAAGAAUUAUUUGAAUAUCAGCAAGCUCAACUCGAAGCAGAAAUUGAAAAUUUAUCUUGGAAAAUAGAGAGAGCUGAAACUACCGAUCGAGGAGAUUUAGAAAAUCAAAUGGAUAUUGCUGAGAAAAGAAGAACUACUUUGCUGAAAGACUUUCUGGUAGUCUGAGAACUUCUUAUAACUAUUCCGAAAUGGAAUGAACUAUAAAUCUGUUUAUACUAUCUGCCUCGGAAGAUAGGUCGGGCAUUCGGGUCAUACCAUCGGUCGGGCUCUAUACUGUGGACUUGGUUGGUCAAAGUUUUUUUAAAAUCUUGUAAAAGAGAUUUGUUUGGAGGUGAAAAUUACUGUCUGCUUCAGGAAUGAUCAUUUUUUCAUGCUUGUAUAGAAUUAUGAUAAAAGAUUGUGCAUUUUGUAAUAUUUAUUAAUUCUUCCAAAAUAAUUACUACUUGUAAAUAAAUUGAUUUCCAGUCCACUUAAA